UACGUCAAGUUGCUCUAACUGCCCCUCAAAACCCUAGUCCCUUAAAAACCCUACACGAUUGAAGCCCGACGCGACGGCGACAGGAGCGAAUCUCCACCAAUAACGUGACCGGCCUUCCUCCGAAACGAGAAUGCGUCCUCCAAGGGGCGGCGGCAGUUUUAGAGGCAGGGACGGGGGCCGAGGUGGUGCCAGAGGUGGGCGAUUCGGCGGCCGUGGCGGUGGCGGAAGAGGACGUGGCGGUGGUUACGACGAAGGCCCGCCCUCCGAAGUUGUAGAAAUUUCUACGUUUCUCCAUGCGUGCGAGGGGGAUGCCGUCACGAAGCUCACGAACGAGAAGAUACCUUAUUUCAAUGCUUCGAUAUACUUGGAGAACAAGACUCAGAUCGGGAAGGUUGAUGAAAUUUUUGGCCCGAUAAACGAAUCGCUUUUUUCGAUCAAGAUGUUAGAGGGAAUAAUAGCGAAUUCGUAUUCACCUGGCGACAAGUUCUUCAUUGAUCCUGCCAAAUUACUGCCAUUAGCACGAUUUCUUCCUAGGCCAAAGGGGCAAGAGGCAGCUACAAGAGGUGGACGUGGUGGAGGCUUUCGUGGGAGGGGUGGAGGUCGCGGAGGUGGACGCGGUGGAGGCUUUCGUGGAAGAGGUGCCCCUAGGGGUGGUAGAGGGGGACCACCUAGAGGCGGGCGUGGUGGCUUCAGAGGCCGCGGAAGAUCAUAGUGUAAUGCAUGCUUUGAUCAUUUGUAUCUGGUGUACCCCUUCCAUUUGCCUCAAGUUAUAUGCACUAGGAUUAGUCUAGUGUAUGCAUCGUGGUUUUUCCAUCUACUUAGACAUUGUCCCUGAAUUUAGCUUGGACUUUAUCACUUAUUCAGAGUCCUUUUCCUUUCAUGAAUAUCAAUAUUUAUCUUGUGGAGGUGAUGC